GGUUCCACCCAGUGGGGUCUGCAGGGAUUCAGAGGACUUAGUGGCAGAAGCUUGGAGGUUGCUCUGAGGCCAGGCUCCAGGGCAGCCACACAAAUGAACGUGACACCUCAGACAGGAACUGUGACUCCCCUCCCACAGGUGCUCAUGAAGAGCGAACAUGGGCCAGCAGUGACUGAGGGCAUGACGUCAGCUCAGGGGCUCGUGGCCUGCCUCUGCCAGGAGGGAGACAGGCACCUGGCCCUGGGGGAGCUGCCCUUAGCCACAGCCUUCUACCUGGCUGCCUUCAGCUGCCACGCCCCCUCAGCCACGAGGCACGUGCGGGCUGUCUUGGAUGAGGCUCCAGGAGCGCCUGUGGUGGCCACCCUGGAGGCCUGGUGCCGUGGGGACAGCCAGAUCCCUGCUAUCCACUGGGAUGGCAUGGCGGUGGUCUCCCUGACUGGGCCACUGGCCUCUGCCUUCCUUGGCGCCGUCUGCCCAGAUCACCCUGCCACUAUCCUGUACCUUUUGGCUGGCAUGCUGGCCCACGGGCGCCACACGGAGGUGGUGCAGCGCUGCAACGCCCUGUUGGAUGCGCAUGCCAAACAGGCCCUGGAGCUGCAGCUGAUGCGUGCCCUGGCCUUGGUCCUGUCCGUGGACCAGGCCAGCGAAGGCGUAGCUGCCUAUCUUCAGAGUUUUGCCUCCAGUGCAGACCGGACAGUGGCCUUCAUCCAUAGCCACCAGCAGCCCUACCUCCCCAUGCUGCUUGGCACCCUCCACAACUACCUCUCAGGACACCUGAAGACCACAGGUAGCGCCAGCCAGCAAGAGACCAGCUGCCAGGGACUCCUGGAGGCCCUGGACCCCAGGGGCAGCUGGAUGGAUGCCAUGUCGCCUGAAGGCCUGCUUCACAGAGGCAGGUUUGAGGAUUGCCUGGCAGCAUGCAGCCGGGACCUUCAGCCUGACUCAAUGGGGUAUAGACCGCAAGGCGAGCACCUGGCAGCCCUGCUGGUCACCCGCGCAGCCGCCGCCUUCUUCCUCAAUGGCCCAGCGGGAGACACGCUACUGGACCUAGAGGAGGCCUUCCGUGAGAGUCCCUCCGGCGCGCGGAGGCAGUUCCAGGCCCUGCUAUCCGCUGAGGACCGCGAACGCGUGCAGGCUCAGGCGCAGGAGGCUGCGGACUCGGGCUUCGCCCGCUUCCUGGAGGCUGUGCGAAGCCGCCGCGAGCUGCGCGAGGACGCGGACCGCGAGCUCUUGGUUCCCGUGACCCACGCGCUCCGCGUCCUGUUCCGCGUGGCCCCCGCACGGACGCAAGCCGCUCUAGGGACCCGCCUGGCAGAGUGCCUGCUGCUGGCCGGGGACGUGGAGGGGGCUCGCGCGCAGUGUGAGCGCCUCCUACGGCCCAGGCGUCCGGGGGAGCGGGCGGGGGGCCGCGCCGGAGACCACGCGCCGCUGCUGGCACUGCGCGGCCUCUGCGCGCUGCACGCGGGCGAUGCGCGGCGCGCGCGCGAGGACUUCCAGGCGGUGCUGGAGCGCGGGUCGCCGCACGCGGGAGGCUGCGUGCGCGCGCUGUGCGGCCGUGGGCUGCUGCGGGUGCUGGCGGGCAGCGCCUUCCUGGGCGCGCUGGACUAUGUCACCGCCUGCCGGCUGCGGCCGGAGGAGGCGCUGCUGGCCGCCAAAGCCUACGUGCCCUGGAACCAGCGAGGACUGCUGCUGACAGUGCUGCGCGAGGAGGGCCGCAGGAUGCUGCUGCGCUCUCCAGGCUGCGUGAGGAAGGCUGCGCAGGGAGCCCGCCCUGCUCCACAGGCGCAGGAGGGGGAUGCCCACGGUGUGUACCAGCUGGCCAUGAUGUUAAUGGAGCUGGAUGCUGAGGAUGAGACUUCCUGCCUCUUGGCAGCUGACGCCCUGUACCGACUGGGCCGCCUGGAUGAUGCUCACAAGUCCCUGCUGGUGGCCCUGUCGCGGAGACCCCAGGCAACCCCUGUGCUGGUGCGGUUGGCCCUGCUUCAGCUGCGGAGAGGCUUCUGUUAUGAUGCCAACCAGCUAGUGAAGAAGGUAGCUCAGUCUGGGGACACGGCCUGUCUCCAGCACGCCCUGGACAUCUUCCAUCGGGAGGACCUGCAGCUGCUGCGAGACCACUGCCACAUGCGGGCGUUAAGCAUACUUCGGGCACGGCCAGGUGGGCCAGACAGUGAGGUCCACACGAGGGAAGCCAUCGCCUACCUCUCCUUGGCCAUCUUUGCUGCAGGAAGUGAAGCCAGUGAGUCCCUCCUUGUCCGAGCCCGCUGUUAUGGGCUCCUGGGUCAGAAGAAGACCGCCAUAUUUGACUUCAACUCUAUGCUCCGAGAGGAACCAAGGAACGUGCAAGCUCUGUGUGGACGAGCCCUUGUGCAUCUGGCCCUGGACCAGCUGCAGGAAGCUGUGGAUGACAUGGUCUCUGCCCUGAAGCUGGACCCAGGCACUGUGAUCCCUGAGAUCCACUCCCUGAAGCCAGAAGUUCAGUUGACCCUUACCCAUGGCCUCCAUACCCACUGCCGGGUCCUCCUGAAGCAGUGGCUGGACGCUGGACCCCCCCUCAGGGAGGAGGACACCCAGGGCCUCCUUGCCAUGGCGGAAGCUCUGAUUAGAAUCAACGCUGCACAGCCCAGUUGGCACCUGCUUCUCACAGACAUCCUCACAGGGCUGGGCAAGUAUCAGGAGGCUGGUACCCACCUGCAGGAAGCUCUACACCUCACCCCAUCAUCAGAGGCUGCCCAGGCCAGGCGAGGCCUGCUCCAGCUUAAAAUGGGGCAGGUGUCAGCUGCUGCCCGUGACUUGCAGCGCCUGGCGGAGACAGACACUCAGGACCUCAGUUUCCUGCUGCGUCUCCUUGAACCCCCAGAACAGCAGAGUCUCAUACAGGCCGCUGCCAAGGAAGCAAGCAACCUCUUGGAUUUAGGACAUCCGGGGCAGGCCCUGGGCUACUGUUCUUUGGCCAUCCUGGCCAGUGGCAACAGUCCUCAUCACCUGCGUCUCCGAACGGCCUGCCUGACUCAGCUGCGGGACUAUGACCGGGCACUCAGGGACCUGGACCGUGUGCUGCAGGAGGGCGACAGUGACCUGCCAGGGAGGACUGAAGAUUUCUGCUCCCGGGGUCGCCUGCUGCUGAGCCUGGGGGAUAACAGUGGAGCUGCAGGGGCCUUCACCCAGGCCUUGGCCCUGGCACCGGCCCAGGCUCAACGCAGCCUGUCAGAGCAGCCAGGCCGGGCCACCACAGCUGACGUGUUCCUGAUCCAUGGGCAGCAGUGUCUAGAGGACCAGCACUAUGAGGAGGCCUGGACGGCCAUCCAGACUGGCCUAACAGUGGAUCCCGGCCACGGUGGGCUGAGGAAGCUGAAGAUGAGGGCUCGCAAGGAGGCGUCCUCGGGCUGCAGACUACACUGACCAGGAGCUGAGCCACUGGACUCCCCCCACUGUCACCCAACUUCACACCCUGGGCGCACCUGACUCCCCAGAUCCAAGAGCUGUUCUGUCCAUUGGCCACCCUCCCCUGCCCUUUUGCCACAGGGUAAAGGAGAAAGU